AUGGCGGCCGGGCAGGGGGGCGGCGGCGGCAACAACGGCAGCGGCAGCGGGACGGCGGCCGGGAGCGGAGCGGCGGGGCUCGGCAUCCCCGCGCACCUGACUCUCUCCUUCUCGUCGGGGCCGCACUGGGGCGCGGCAGCUCUGCCGCAGUCGCACACGGUGCGCAGCCUGGAGCGGGCCCUGGAGGAGGCGGGCAGCUCGGGCAUCCUGUGCCUGAGCGGGAGGAAGCUGCGCGACUUCCCCGGCAGCGGCUGCGACCUGAGCGACACCACGCAAGCAGAUCUUUCAAAGAACAGAUUUACUGAAAUUCCUCCUGAUGUCUGGCUGUUUGCACCACUGGAAACUUUAAAUUUGUAUCACAACUGCAUCAAAUCCAUUCCAGAAUCUAUUAAAAACCUGCAAAUGCUUACCUACCUUAACAUUAGUCGAAAUCUUUUGUCAACAUUGCCAAAAUACCUGUUUGAUCUUCCACUGAAAGUUCUGGUUGUCAGUAAUAACAAGCUGGUCUCCAUUCCAGAAGAAAUUGGAAAGUUGAGAGAUCUAAUGGAGUUGGAUAUUAGCUGUAAUGAACUUCAAGUUCUUCCCCAGCAAAUAGGAAAAUUGCAGUCACUUAGAGAAUUGAACAUAAGAAGAAAUAAUCUCCAUAUGUUGCCAGAUGAAUUAGGAGACCUUCCCUUGGUAAAGCUGGAUUUUUCUUGUAAUAAAAUUACAGAAAUUCCCAUUUGUUACAGAAAGUUACGUCACUUACAAGUUAUAGUUUUGGAUAACAAUCCAAUGCAGAUUCCACCAGCACAGAUAUGUUUAAAGGGCAAAGUGCAUAUAUUUAAAUUCCUCAGUAUCCAGGCGUGCCUCAGAAUAGACAAAAAACCAGAUUCCUUGGAUCUGCCAUCAUUAGGCAAACGAAUCCCCUCCCAGCCCCUCACAGACAGCAUGGAAGACUUUUAUCCCAGUAAAAACCAUGGACCAGACUCUGGCAUUGGAAGUGAUAAUGGGGAUAAAAGGUUGUCCACUACAGAACCAUCUGAUGAUGAUACAAUCAGCCUUCACUCCCAGGUGUCAGAAUCAACAAGGGAACAGACAUUAAGGAAUGACAAUCAUGUAAUGGGGAGUAAACUGGAUCCACAGAAAGACCAAGAGGCGUUUGACUACAUUGAUCCCAACACAGAGGAGGGAGCUCUUCCUGAGCAGGGAGAGGCACAGAUUGGCACCCUGCUCUCCUAUGUCAAGGAACGGGGAAAACAUCCUGAGAAACCCCAGAAAAUAGAACAAAAUGAGGACUGGGGAGAUGAAAAAAGACUUCAGAAAGAACAGCUGCUGGCUGAAGAUGAUGAUGAGCUCAAAGAAGUGACUGACCUGAGAAAAAUAGCAGCUCAGUUGUUGCAGCAAGAACAAAAACACAGACGAAGGCCACUGAGCUAUAGAAGUUCAUUCAGUGAAAAGCUCUUCCAGAGGACCAGGGCUGCAGGACGUGCAUCAAGGCUUCUUAAUCAUUCAGUUUCAGUAAACACAAGGAACAGGCCCAAGCAGCCAAUGGAAUCUGAAAAAUGUGUUUCAACAAAUGAAGUGAAUUCCUCAGUGUCCCCAUACAGCUGGCAGCCACUGGAAAACCAGAAGGAUUUGGUGGAUGAGCAGCACUGGCCAGAAACACAGCCAGUUAUCUGGCAGAAUGAAGAAAGAAGGAGAAGUAAACAAAUUAGAAAAGAGUAUUUCAAGUAUAAGUCUUCCAGAAAGAGUUCAAGUGGAAAUGAAAAUGAUGAGCAAGACAGUGAUAAUACUAAUGUGUCCCCACAGUCUCCUGUGUCGUCUGAGGAUUAUGAAAGGACAGAUAGUAACACUCAUGGUCCAUUUGGUCUCAAACCAAGGUCAGCUUUCAGCCGUGCCUCACGCCAGGACUACGGUGCAGUGGAUCCUGGCUUUACUAUGAGGAGGAAAAUGGAACAUUUAAGGGAAGAGAGGGAACAAAUCAGGCAGCUUCGCAGUAAUCUUGAGUCCAGGUUGAAGGUGAUCCUGCCAGAUGACAUUGGAGCAGCCUUGAUGGAUGGGGUGGUUCUUUGCCAUUUAGCCAAUCACAUAAGGCCACGUUCUGUUGCCAGCAUUCACGUCCCAUCGCCAGCAGUGCCUAAACUCAGCAUGGCAAAGUGUCGAAGAAAUGUUGAAAACUUUCUUGAUGCUUGUAAAAAAUUGGGCGUUCCACAGGAGAGACUUUGCUUGCCUCAUCACAUUCUGGAGGAAAGGGGUCUGGUGAAGGUUGGCCUCACAGUCCAAGCUCUGCUUGAGUUGCCUGCAUUGAAAGUAUCUCAGCUUUCUGCCAUGUGACACAACUUGGUGGCAGUUAGACAGCUUCCAUUUAAAGCUCUGUUAUGGAUUGCUCUGAGGCACUGCAGCCUCCUACCCAGGAACACCCAAGCCAUCAAAAACUAAAACCUGUCCAGAUGCUGUAGAGAGCCUUACUUUGGAGCUGUGUGUGAAAACCUUGGAGUCAGUUCACAGUUAAAGGAACAUAACUGUUCUUUUUUUUUCUUUUGUAAUUGGAUGUACUAAGAGAAUGUGGUAGCAUCAGGUUCUCUUUCUAGUUAAGUUAAAAGCUGCCAUUUAACAUCUCAGUGUUAGAGUUAAAUGCUGGAUUUCUUUUUUUACAUUGAAAAUGUUGUUUGAAUUACUUUUGAAAGUACAAAGCACACCCCCUGUCACUUUAUUUUUUUGAGUCAAUCAUUUGAUUUUAAGAUAAGUCAAAAAUGUAGCGAUGGUAUGAUGGUAAAAUAUGAGCAACUGAUGACUUGUAAUCCCCUUUCACUCUCUGAAAGCUUAAUAUUUGCGUUCUAAUAUUUGUUUUUUGCACUCCUGAUUGUAACUUCGCACUUCUAACAUUGCCAGUAUUGAGUCUGAGUGUCUGGUGAUUACACAGAACAGGAUACAGUGAGAAAAGGACACAGUUUAUUGAGUUUUUCCAGUCUUCUAGGUUGGUGCCAAAUAUUUUUUUUCAGUUGUACUGUAGAUUGUUUACCUGUGAAGUGCCUGUGUAAUUGAUAACUCUUAAUAGUCUUAAACAUUUUUGAAGUUUCUUUGUUUAAAAUAGAUAAAAUGGAAAUUUUUUAAUAUUUUAAUAGUUUUUUUGUAAAAUCAGUAUGUGAAGAUUUAAGUAAUACUUCACAUUUUUGAUGUUGGGUGUUUUAAGUUUGUUGCACAAUUUAAUUGUUGUCUAAUAAUUAGAAAAUACUGUAAAUACUUUUUAUUUAUGCUAUUUAAUUUGAUAAUACCUAAUUACUUUUGUUUUAUUGUAUUGUUGGACAAAAACAAAGUUGUUCUUUCUUUGGGAGAAACAAAUACAUGUGAUGAAUAAGACAUGAGGACUAGUGAUUCAUACAGAGUAAUUUAGGACAUUUUGAUAAAACUGCCAAAAUCUCAGGUUUACGCUGUGAUGUUCAGGAUUUUGUGUAAUAUUGCUCCUGAUCUCACAUGACAUUUUUACAACAGGUAUAUCCAUAAUUUAGCUGGGAAGUAUCAGUGUUUAUCUUUUUAGCAGGGUUUAUUGUGUAAUUUCCAUGAGUGUGGUAUUAGCACACAGGUCAGUUUGUACAAAUGUCACUGUGCUGAGACAUUGGAUCCAUGGAUAAAUGUGAAAAUGAAACAUUUCCACCGUGGUGUUCUUUUGAGACUUCUGAGUUCAUGUAUCUGUUUGCUUCUGAACAAAUUCUUGGUGUGUUGAACCAUACACUGUUGAGUUCUCCAAACAAGUUACAAAUAAUUUCAUCAUUUUUGUAGUAGAUCUGUUUGUAUUAGUUU